ACGACUGCUCUUGUGGGACUCGCAACAGUUAUGGCGGCGACCCAUGCCCUGGUGUUUGUGGCGCUUAUUGCGUUCGCUGUCCUAGCCGCAGAAGGACUUACGAAAGAAAAAAGAGCAACUGCAGAAGAAUGGGCCCAAUUUGUCGUGCGUUUUGAGCGCUUACUAGCAAAAGGCUGUGCAAACUUCUGCCGAAAUAAGGGACAGGAGACGUCGGACGCCAAGGUAAACAGCAGCAGAUACAGCUGCAAUUGCCCCGAACCUCUGACUCCACCGGAAGAUUCCGGGACAACCGUCGGAGAAGAAACUCCUGUUGUCACUGACGCGCCUAAUGGUGGGGAAGUAACUGAGGGUGAGAACGGUGGGGAAGUAACUGAGGGUGAGAACGGUGGGGAAGUAACUGAGGGUGAGAACGGUGGGGAAGUAACUGAGGGUGAGAAUACUGCAGGUCCAGUAGAAAAUUGCUGAAUGGAGUACCGAUCCUGACGAGACUGGUCAGGACGGAUAGCGGGAUAUUUAGUAACGUUCUCCACCGGCGCAUGCAGCAAGA